UUUGAAAAAAUUGGACGUCAAAAAUGAGAAAAUUUUAUCGAAGUUGAAAACCGUUUAAAUAAAUAAUAUAUCUACACAAACAUUCAAGAAACUAAAUCAAAUUAACCAAAUUGAUUUCUCGUAACUCGAUAUUUCCACAUUGAAUGUACCAGAAUCGAGUCUUAGUUCAAUCUGGAAGGAAAAUUUUAAUCGACCGGCUUUCAUGUAAUGUGUGAUAAAAGUUAAUAAACCGUAGCUAUGGCUUCUGGUUUCCAGAAUGAUAUUGUGAAUAGACUGUUAAAUGCUCGGCUGGAGGAGGGGGCGAGUGGCGAGGAGCACCCCCCACAGAAUAUGCUGCCGUCGAACAGGCAGGCGCGAGGGAGUCAUAACGACGAAGAAGGUCACGCCAACGAACCUACGUCUUCUUCGUCAGCCAUAGAGAACCUACAACCAUCGAACAACUCAGGCGGACGCCUCCACAACUGGCAAGCGACUAAAACUACAGUUAAGGAACGUUUAUCAUUUUUAUUUAACAACGAAAUUCUAUCAGAUGUUCAUUUCAUAGUAGGCAAAGAUGCAAAUCAGCAAGUUAUUCCCGCACACAAAUUCGUUUUGUCAGUAGGCAGUGCAGUGUUCGACGCAAUGUUCAACGGCGUAUUAGCAACGAAAGCAGAAGAGGUUGAGCUACCUGACGUUGAACCUGCAGCAUUUCUACACUUGCUGAAGUUUUUGUAUUCCGAUGAAGUUAGAAUUGGGCCAGAAAGUGUGAUGACAACGCUCUAUACUGCUAAGAAAUAUGCUGUAGCAGCAUUAGAAGAGCAUUGUGUGGAGUUUUUAAAGGUUAAUUUGGGUACAGACAAUGCGUUUUUGCUUUUGACUCAAGCAAGAUUGUUUGAUGAGCCCCAGCUGGCUGCUCUGUGUUUGGAAAUGAUUGAUAAGAAUACUACAGAUGCAUUGAAUGCAGAGGGAUUUACUGAUAUAGAUCAGGAUACUUUGAAUGCUGUUUUGGAAAGAGACACCCUCCGCAUUCGAGAAGCAAAAAUCUUCGCUGCAGUCCUACGAUGGUCAGAGGCCGAAUGCAUACGACGUCAACUACCAGUCACUCCCAACAACCAAAGAAUGGUCCUCGGCAGAGCCUUCCACGCCAUACGCUUCCCCCUUAUGUCUGUUGAAGAAUUUGCCAUGGGGCCUGCUCAAAGCGGGCUAUUAGAUGACCGAGAGAUAGUCCAGUUAUUUCUAUACUUUACGGUUAAUCCAAAACCGAACGUAGGCUUCCUAGAUACACCAAGAUGUUGCAUGACAGGAAAAGAGCUGACAGUAAAUCGGUUUUCACAAACAGAAUCUCGUUGGGGGUAUAGUGGCACUACUGAUAGGAUUAGGUUUACUGUGGACCAGAGGAUCUUUGUUGUUGGAUUCGGAUUGUACGGAUCCUACUUUGGCCCAACAGAAUAUGAAGUUCAUUUACAGAUAAUCCACCUAGCAACAAAGAAAGUGUGUGGUUCCAACACGACCACGUUCUGUUGUGACGGCACGGACGACACCUUCCGCGCGAUGUUCAAGGAGCCCGUGGAGAUCCUGCCCAACACUUCCUACAUAGCCAGCGCCAAACUUAAGGGCACGGACUCAUACUACGGCACGCGCGGGCUGCGGCGCGUCACCGUGGACUGCAACAACGGCGAGAAGGUGGUGUUCCAGUUCUCGUACGCCGCCGGCAACAACAACGGCACCUCCGUCGAGGACGGCCAGAUCCCCGCCAUCAUAUUCCACAUCUAAUGUGAUCAUGCAUCCAUAUAGCCUUCAGAGUUCAGCCUCAAAACGUUCAAUUCCUAAAAUGUUGAAUAGGGAUGAUGACUCUUAGUCAAAUCAGUGACUUUUUAUCAAACGUCAAAACGCUCGCUUAGUAAGGGAGCUUGUAUGAA